ACCACAGCAAGCCUUCUCUGCCCAGGUGAAAAAUUCAGCUCAGACAUUUGCCUUAGUACGGGUCAUACUCGGGAAGCUGGCUGUGUGGCAGCUGGUGUGGUGAUUGGGGCAGGUGCUUGCUACUGUGUAUAUAGACUGACUUGGGGAAGAGAUGACAGCGAGAAAAUCUGGGACUAUAGCAAUGACAAUGAAGAUGAGGUAUCUAGUGACAUUACAGGGAUUGGUGUGGAGACUGGGAAAGGAGGUAAUACUUGGGUGGGGGCCAGAGCUAGACUUCAGGGUGACUCAAAGGCCAAGGCCAAGGCUGAGGUGGUUGUAGAACUCAAAAGUUGUCCAGAUGCAAAGGUAGAAGCCCACUCAGAAGCCCAGACAGGAGGUGGCUUAGAAGCCAAGGCCAAGGCCCUUUUCAACACCCUGAAGGAACAGGCAAGCUCAAAGGCUGUCAAAGGGGCCAGGUUGGGCACCACCUCUGGGACCAGGACACUUGCACUGAGUUUACCCUGCCCAGAAGACAGAUGUGGAGGCUGCCACCCCAUCAGGUGUAGGGCUAGGGCUGGGAGCAGGGCAAGUGGAAAGUGCAAGAAAAGGGCCUGAGCUAAGAGCACCAAGACUCCAGCUACAGUAUGGCCUGUUUGCAGGGGCAAGUUCAACUUUCCUUAUAAAAUUGAUUACAUUCUAGGUGCUUCAGACCUUUAAAAGGUCCUUAACAUCCUGGAAAGAACAAAUGAUCCUUUUAUUCAGGAAGUAGCCUUGGUCAUUCUAGGUAACAAUGCAGCAUAUUCAUUUAACCAAAAUGCCAUUCGUGAAUUGGGUGGUCUUCCAAUUAUUGCAAAACUGAUAAAAACAAAAGAUCCCAUUAUUAAGGAAAAGGCUUAUAAUGCCCUUAAUAACCUGAGUGUGAAUGCUGAAAAUCAGGGGAAUAUUAAGAUGUAUAUCAGUCAAGUGUAUGAUGACACCAUGGUUUGUCGCUUGGACUCAGCUGUGCAGAUGGCUGGACUAAGACUGUUAGCCAACAUGACUGUGACUAAUCAUUACCAACAUUUGCUUUCCUAUUCUUUUCCAGACUUUUUUGCUUUGUUAUUCCUGGGAAAUUACUUCACCAAAAUUCAGAUUAUGAAACUUAUUAUAAACUUUACUGAAAAUCCAGCCAUGACAAGAGAGCUGGUCAGUUGUAAAGUACCCUCAGAACUGAUUUCCCUCUUUAGUAAAGAAUGGGACAGAAAGAUUCUUCUUAAUAUCCUAAUCCUAUUUGAGAAUAUAAAUGACAACAUAAAAAAUGAAUGGCUUGCAUCAUCCAGGAAAGAGUUCAGCAGAAGUUCCUUUUUUCUUAUUCCAAGAAUCUGGGUGUGUGUUAAGAAAAUCAAAGCAUUAGCAAAUUACAAUGAUCUGGUAGUGAAAGUAAAAGUUCUAAAAGUAUUAACCAAACUUUGAUUGAGAGUCUGCCCCAAACAUCAACACAAUUUUUUUGUAUUGCACUUGGACACAAUACAUUUGGUAAAUUCUUUGUUUUUCACUGUGCUUAUAUGUCAAAAAGAUACAUUCAACUUCUAUUUUGUAAUAAUGAAUAUCACAGAUCAUCAGUGAUACUGGUUGUGAUGGUUGCUUUUAGGCUGCACCAUUUAGACUUUCAGGGGUGUCCAACCUUUUGGUGUCUCUGGGCCACAUUGAAAGAAGAGUUGUCUUGGGUCACACAUUAAAUAUAAAACACUGAUGAAAACUGAUGAGCAAAGAAAAGGCUUUAAGUAAAUUUAUAAUUUUGUGUUGGGCCACAUUCAUAGCCAUCCUGGGUUGCAUGUAGCCUGUGGGCUGUGGGUAGGACACCCCUGUUUUCAGAGGAUGCCAAGUGAAUACUAAAGCUUGUGCAAAGCAAGCACUUAUUAAUUCAUCCUGUUAUCUACCUUGAGAUAUUUUUUGCUCUUUAUCCAAACUAACAGCAAACUAAUCAUAAAUAACCUACAUUUUUGUAUUAGCUUACAAUUUGUUAAUCUUAGAAUUGUGUUUCAUCAAUAAAGUUGUGUGAUUAACCAGCAAAAAAAAA